GCCGCGCGUGCGCAGCGCCGGGACGCGCCCCUGGCGGCCGUUAAAAAUGGCGACUGUCACCGAGCUGAAGGCUGUUUUAAAGGACACCUUGGAAAAAAGAGGAGUCUUAGGACAUUUAAAAGCGAGAAUUCGAGCCGAAGUUUUCAAAGCCCUAGAUGAUGAAAGUGAACCCCGACCAACAUUGUCUCAUGAAAACCUUCUUAUUAAUGAAUUAAUCCGGGAGUAUUUGGAAUUCAACAAAUAUAAGUAUACAUCGUCUGUUCUCAUAGCAGAAUCUGGUCAACCUGUAGUUCCACUGGACCGGCAGUUUCUCAUCCGAGAACUAAAUGCAUUUGAAGAAUCAAAGGAUAAUACAAUACCUCUUUUAUAUGGGAUUUUAGCUCACUUCUUGCAUGGAACGAAGGAUGGCAUCCAACAUGCAUUUCUGAAAGGAUCUUCACUUCAGCCUCUAAACGCAAAUUCUGGUAGACAACCUAGUGGAAGAGAGCAAAUGGAUGACCAUCUAAUAAAAGAGAAGGGGAAAAAUACUAAUAUUGAAGAUCUUCAUAUUUCUCAAAACGUGAAGAGAUGACAUUUCCAUUUGGGGCAUCUUUUAUCUUAAAAUUGUAUGUAUUAAAUCACUUAUUUAUUUUCUCAUUGCCAAAAUGCAUCACUAAUAUUUGUACUUUGUAGAAAUUUGAGUUUCUGUAAAACACUUAGUCUUUCAUGCUUUACUGUAUUUGUGAAUAAAAGCUAACUCUGUCAUCAAGGCUAUUGGAUUUGACUUGAAAGAAAAUGUACUGUUUUUAGGAUAUAUUUUAAAGGUUCUUAGAUGUAAGAAAUGAAAGGGAGAAAUGAAUGUUAGUACCCUAUACAUUCUUCUAAAAAACAAAAACCAGGUAUUUAUAGCCAUAUCAUCUGCUCUUUAGCAUGUACAUUAAUUACAUUUCCUUCAGGCUGGAAUUAUGUGGGUUUAUAGAAAAAAAAAUUUAAGAAAAGAGCACUAAAGUCAAGAAAAAAAACUAAUUUUUAUAAAGUUUGAUUUUUUUGAUUAGCUGUUUUUCAAAUAGCUAUUUAUAAUUAGAUUAAAAUAUCAGAAUUGCUAUCUAAAAUUGAACUUUUAAACUAGGUAACAAUGUACUUUUUCUUUCCUUAGAUCAUUUUGGCUUCUACUGGAAGAUUUAAUUAAAAUCUAGAGGGGGAACUAAUUCUUUUAAUUUUGCUGUAAGUAAAACAAAGAGUUUAUUUGAUUACAUGAAGAAUGUGGAAUCAGCAUGAAGAGACAGGCUUUAGGAGAAAACCAGAAAGUACCUUUUAAAAGAUGGCAUUGUCUAACCUCCAUGUGGCCUUCAGUUGUGCAAUUAUAAGAUGAGCUAUGAAAGGGCCAACCCCUAAUUAUUUGGGCUCUGAAAGUCUUAUUAAAUGUCCAUUUUUAUUCUUCGGAUAGAAAAACAGUAAGAGCUAUCCUAGUGCUAUCUCUAAAAUGCUGCUUUGAUAUUUAUUAAGAUAUUUUUAUAAUGUGGAAUCUACAGAUUGAUUUCACUGAAAUCUGUUACAGUAGACAGCACCUGACUGGCAAAAGUCAUUGAUACAUUCAGAGCACAACUGCAUUGGCGCUGUAUACUGACAACAUUUAGCUUAAACGUCUCCCACAGGGAAAGUGAUAAGGGCUUAAUUGGCAAAAUUGGCCUCUCGAAAUUAUUGAAACGUCAUAAUAUAUUUGGUACUAGUCAGUGUUUAGUCCUUACAGAUUAACCAGGAAUUUUUAUCUGAAUACAGAAAAUGAUUAAAGAAAUCCCCUUAAACUAUACAAGUCAAAGGAUUUUAAGAAUCCCUAUUGGUGGCCUAAAGUUACAUAUAUAGGUGUAGAAAUACUGUAAGGUCAUUUCAAUAUUUUAAACAUAUGUUUUUAUUGAUUUUUAGUUAGAGGGGAAGGGAGAGAGAGAGAAAGAUAGAAACAUCGAUGAGAGAAAAACAUCUAUCAGCUGCCUUCCGCACACCCCCCUACCGGGGAUUGAGCCUCCAACCUGGGCAUGUGCCCUGAUUGGAAGUGUGACCUCCUGGUUCAUGGGUCGAUGCUCAAUCCAUUGAGACACACCAGCCGGGCUCAUUUCCAUUUUUUUAGUGAAAUCUGUAGUAUCUGAUUAUAAUUGUGAAUUAUAAUGUAUGUGGGACUAUAAAUAUCUGAAUUUUUCUCAGAGGAUUUGGUUUACAUACAAAGAUGUUAGCAGAGACACUAAGUUUAUCUCAGGAAUUGCAAUCAUCAUAAAGAACUAGAUUAAGAAAAAAUGCUGGAGUUUAGCAUUUUAGAUACUGAUGUAAAAUUAUCAAAAUAGAAGCUAAAUGGAAUUGUCACAUGUAGUUCAUUGUGUAUUUAUAUGCAUUAUUCUGUAACUUGUUUGUACCUAGGCAACUUUUAUACUUUCGAUGUAUCAUUUAAUAAAAAAAAAAAAUUAAACAA